AUGACCAAAACCGCCAACAAGCCGGCCCCCAACGUGCCGUUCUACACCCCGGCCCAGGAACCCCCCGCCGGCACCCCCCUCGACGCCGCGACGGCGCCGACCCUCUUCCAGCCCCUCCGCAUCCGCGACCUGCGCAUCAACAACCGCGUCUGGGUCUCCCCCAUGUGCCAGUACUCGGCCCAGGAUGGCCACAUGACGGACUACCACCUCGUCCACCUGGGCCAGUUCGCCCUCCACGGCGCCGCGCUGACCAUCGUCGAGGCCACCGCCGUCGAGGCCCGCGGGCGAAUUUCGCCUGAGGACGUCGGGCUAUGGCAGGACUCGCAGAUUGCGCCGCUGAGGCGUGCCGUGGACUUUAUUCACUCCCAGGGCCAGCUCGCGGGUAUUCAGCUCGCGCACGCCGGGCGCAAGGCGAGCACGCUCGCGCCGUGGAUCACCGAGACGAAGGGCAAGGCGCUGGCGCUGGAGAGCGAGGGCGGGUGGCCUGACGAUGUCGUCGGGCCGAGCGCGAUUCCGUACUCGGAGGGCUGGGCUGUGCCGAAGGAGCUGAGCACAGAGGAGGUUCAGGGGCUGGUGGCCAAGUUCGCCGAGAGCGCGAAGAGGGCCGUCGAGGCGGGCGUCGAUGUCAUUGAGAUCCACGGCGCGCACGGGUAUCUCCUGACCGAGUUCCUCUCGCCCCUGACCAACAAACGCACCGACCAAUAUGGCGGCAGCUUCGAGAACCGCACGCGCUUCCUCUUCGAGACCGUCAAGGCGGUGCGCGACGUCAUCCCCGCCGGCAUGCCCCUCUUCCUCCGCAUCUCGGCGACGGAGUGGAUGGAGUACGCCGGCGAGCCCUCCUGGACCGUCGACGACUCCAUCCGCCUCGCCAAGCUCCUCCCGGAGGCCGGCGUCGACCUGCUGGACGUCUCGUCCGCCGGCAACCACGAGAAGCAGAAGAUCGAGAUCUCGCCGUACUACCAGGUCAGCAUCGCGGGCAAGAUCCGCGCGGCGCUCGAGGCCGAGGGGAAGGAGCUGCUGAUCGGCGCCGUGGGCAUGAUCUCGAGCGGCGAGAUGGCGCGGAGCAUCGUGCAGGCGCAGAAGCGGCAGCAGGGCGGGGGCGAGGGCAAGGGCCGGGAGGCGAACGGGCACCUGGGGACCGACCAGGGCAACGGGGCCACGCUGGAGGUGGACGAGGAGCACGGGCAGGUGACGCAGGCGGACGCGGUGCUGGUGGCGAGGCAGUUCCUGCGGGAGCCGAACUUCGUGUACAAGCUCGCGGACGAGAUCGGUACGCCGAUCAGGUGGAGCAACCAGUACCACCGGGCGCCGAGGAGGAAGCAUUGA